AUGUUUAGUCCCAAUUUCAGCAAGAGUCUCUCGUCUUCCAAGUUAUGCGUGGCCAUUGGAAACUCUCAAAUCAAAGUUGCCGUUGCGAAUCCCGAAAAGCAUGUUUCGUCAUCCAUAACAGCAACAAAUGAAAUGUUUCUGGACGAAAAUACGAUCAUUCAAAUUCUUCCACUGGGUGAAUUAGUAACAUCACCGCAUGAUGAGAAUGAUGAUGACUGCACGAGCAAAACAAAAACAACAUCUCCUUGUUCGAGUUUAAAUGAUUUGUCGUUUUUACUGCCAACAAGGAUUGCAUUUCCGAAACGGUACAAUAGAGAUUCGGAAGAAGGUUUUUCUGAUGUUCUGAAUUCUUGUUGUUUCAUAGGAAAUCAUGAUGAAUGCUUUUCAUCACAAUCAUCACCAUGUCUCAAUCCGCAUCAUGUGAUUUAUGACAUCAAGAAAUUAUUUGCAAUUUCAUUUUCGAAUAUAAAUGAUUCAACAAUCAUCACUACAAAUCAAUCCCAAGAUAAUUAUUUCACAUUUAAGGUCAUUCUUCCCUCCAAUUCACAACAUAUUGAGGAUCAUUUCCCAUCAACUGCAUCAACAACUCCGAAUUUGGAAUCACCUCGAAUUCAAAUCGAUUCCGAAAUGUCACUCACUCCUCUCCAAGUACUGAGAUGCAUUUACUCUCUAGUACGUUCCUUAAUUGAAAAGUAUUUGAGACAAGAAUUCGCUCAACAACAAGAAAAAUUCCUGCAAAACUUGGAACUCCAAGUGAUCCUGUCCGUUCCUAACUCCUUUACGGAUCGAGCUCGGCAAGCUUGGAAAGAUAGUGCCACUCUAUCCGGUUUCAACGUCUUGAGAUGCAUUUCCUCAUCGGUGAGUGCCGCUGUCGCCUACGGAUUGCAGAAACUCUGCUCCAUCUCUCGAAUUCUCGUUUUGGAUUGGGGAAGUGAUUUCAAAUGUUGUGACAUGCUUUUAGAGGAGCAAGUGUUUGAGAAUUUGGGUUACAAAUCAUAUUCCGAAUUUGGAGGAGAAGGUAUUGUGAAAUUAUUGAUGAAAAAGUGUCAGGAACGAUUUCAACAAAUGACGAAUCAAUGUGGUGGUCGAAAAAUUGAUGAAGAUCCAAGAGCGUUUCUGCGAUUAAGACAUUCUUGUGAACAGGCGAUUGUUGAGCUGUCAGAAAUGUCAAAAUUUAACAUUUACAAAAAUAGAAGUGACAAGUACACGAUCCGGCUUAAAAAAUUGAUAGAUGGCUUUGAUUUUGAAUGGACACUCUCACUCAAUGAUUUCGAAUCCAUGUUGACUCAUUCUGGAAUCAUCGAUCAAGCACUAUUCAAACUCCAACAAUUUAUGACAAGUCAAGUGAAAUUCCAUCCUCAGUAUUCACAAAUCCCAUUCGACCGUGUCAUUCUGUGUGGCGGAUGCAUGCAAAUUCCGUUCAUGAAAAACCAGAUUUUACAAUUUCUUUGUCCUGCCACCAAUUUGACAAAUUCCUCAUUCACAACAACAACAACAACAGAAUCACUUCUUUCCAAUUCGCUCAUCAUUCACGAUUCCGUUCAUCCCCAACAAGCUGUCGUUCGAGGAGCUGCCAUUCAAUCUCUCUUAUUGACAAUUUCAAAACCAUUAUUGACUCAUUGUUUAAUUUCAUAUAUUCUUCCCUUGUCGAUUGGAGUGGAAAUACAAAAUGGUUUCAUGCAUGUAGUUAUUCCGAGAAAUACAUGGUAUCCAUGUCGAAAGGAAUUAACUUUGAAUGAAAUGCUAGUACAAGAGGGAAAUGUGAUUCGAAUUCGUGUGUUUGAAGGUGAGAGAGUGUUGUGUCGAGAUAAUCAUGAAUUGGGGGAAGUGGAGCUAGAGAAUAUUCCUGCAAUGGUUGGAGACAAGAUUGAUGUGAAUAUUUCCAUCUAUUGCAAUGAAAAUGCCGACUUGGAAGUGACAGCUCAUGCAUUGGGAAUGAAAAACACUGUUUUCAUUUCACAACAAACCAACAGAUUAACCGAAGAAGAAAUUGCAGAAAUGAUUGAACUUGCUGAAAAGUUUAAAGUAGAGGACUACAACAAAAAUUGA